CAAAAUCAGCUGUGAGCAACCUUCAUCACAGCCGUUUACUGAAAAAUUAGAAUCACAUUUUAGUAUUCCAUCUUUAACAAUGCAAGUCUCAUUAGCUUUGUGUUUUGUGGCCUUCUUGUCUCUCUGUAAUCAAGGGUUAUCGUUAUCCGAUUCGGUUGAACCAACUCGUCACCUUUCUGGAAUUCCAAAGCAAAAAGACGAAUGUAAAGGUGUCACAAGCGAGUGCGGUUGUUUUAAGCCCCCGAAACCAAAAAGCCCCAGAGGUGAUCUUGGCGGUCAGGUUACUGGCGGAGGUGCCGUUUGUGGUGGGGGAGGUGGUGAACUUGAAGGCAAUCGUAGUUUUUGAAUCUUCUCUGCCUUCUGAAAUUUCAUUCAGGGAUCAAAAAAUCAAACCAGACUGGAUCAUGAGAAGCAUUUCCAAUAAAACUUAUUGUCCAUGAGAUCUAGUACUACUGAUACAUUGAUUGAAGAUAGCCUUCAAUAAAUUUAAAUCACCCUCAAGAUGUACUUGAGCUGAGCUUCUAUUUUAUAAGUUAAGAAAUUCACAGGCUUGCAAAACCUAUAUGUGUGCUCCAAUCUUGGAUACAUUAGUAAAAAAGCAGAGAUUUACUUUAGCUGAGCUUCUAUUUUACAAGAAAAAAUAAAUACAAGAAAUGGAUUUCACAAAUUCUAUUUGUAUUCCAAUCUCGGAUACAUUAGCAGAAAAACAGAGAUUUACUUUAGCUGAG